AAUCUUUUGGUCAAAGUCACGGUUAAUGCCAUUUAGCCAGUCCAAUCCAGAGUGUGUGUUCGUGUUCAUGUUUUAAAGUGGUGUUUUUUAAUAUAAUUCGUUCUCGAUAUAACUACGCAAACUCGGAAGUAUACGUCCGGCGAAGCAUUUAAAGCUCGAAAGCAUGGAUGCUCCGGCAACAUCCGACAUCGUCAUCAUCAAUGGAAACUCACACCCGGAUCUAGCGAAUUUGAUUGCCAAUCGGCUUGGUGUGGCAAAUGGGGGAUGCGCGGUUUAUCACAAAACUAAUCGUGAAACCAUGGUAGAAAUUGGCGAUUCCGUGCGAGGCAAAGAUAUCUAUAUCAUACAGACCGGAACAAAAGACGUCAACAACAACAUUAUGGAGCUGCUCAUUAUGGCCUACGCCUGCAAAACCUCGUCGGCGAAAUCGAUUGUCGGUGUCAUCCCCUAUCUGCCGUACUCAAAGCAAUGCAAAAUGCGCAAACGAGGCUGCAUCGUUUCCAAGCUGCUAGCGAAGAUGAUGUGCACGUCCGGACUGUCGCACGUCAUCACGAUGGACCUGCACCAGAAGGAAAUCCAGGGCUUCUUCGACUGCCCGGUCGAUAACCUGCGCGCCUCACCGUUCCUGUUGCAGUACAUCCAGGAGAGUAUCCCCGACUACCGGAACUCCGUGAUCGUCGCCCGGAAUCCGGGUUCCGCCAAGAAGGCCACCUCGUACGCGGAACGGUUGCGUCUCGGCAUUGCCGUCAUCCACGGUGAACAGAAAGAAUCCGAGGCGGACGAGGUGGAUGGCCGCAACUCUCCCCCGACACUACCGAAAUCGCGCACAAUGGACGUGUCCGGGGGUGUGCCGAUUCACCCAGCGAAGGAAAAACCCCCCAUCAACGUGGUGGGUGACGUGGGCGGUCGGAUCGCGAUCAUGGUAGAUGACAUGAUCGACGACGUGCAGUCGUUCGUGGCCGCCGCCGAGGUGUUAAAGGAUCGAGGCGCCUACAAGAUCUAUGUGCUGGCUACGCACGGACUUCUGAGCCAGGACGCACCCCGGCUGAUCGAGGACUCCGCGAUCGAUGUGGUGGUGGUGACAAACACGAUACCACACGAGAUCCAGAAGAUGCAGUGUCACAAGAUCAAAACGAUCGAUAUCAGUAUUCUACUAGCGGAGGCCAUCAGGCGCAUACACAACAAAGAAUCGAUGUCGUAUCUGUUCAAAAACGUCACGCUUGAGGACUAAAGCCGAGAGGCUAACCAGGCCUAGCGAUCUGGGGCCGGCGUGCCCGUAGAUGGUUCCGUAUGGGACCGGUUCUUUUUGGUUUCCGUAUGCGUUUUAAUUUCCCUCAUUCUGGUGUCCCGGCGAACGCAUUUACUGUUGCAUCCUGCACCCCGCAGAGACCACGAUAGAUCGGCAGAGGCCGGAAGGGCGACUGCAGGGACCAGCACUUUAUAUAUUCUCAUGAAGAUUUUUUUUUAUGCAAUUGUAUCAUUUAUCCCACUUUUAAACGAUUUAUCACUUUUUGUCACACCUUCCCAGCAAUUUCUUAUGUUUGAAAUUUGCUCAAAUCUGUUUGCCUCUCCCUUCCCGGUUCCUCUCUAUCCUCCCCAAACCCCCAAUACACACGAACACAAUCACUUAUAUAUGAUAGUAUAGUCAAUAUAGUGUAGCAAUAUAGAAGUUAGAGGAUACAGUUGCAGGAUAUAACAAUCUGUGAAAAAGGUGACAAAAUUGCGAAUUUGUGCGGCAAGCAAGACUUG